CGCGCUACGGUACCGGGCACUGUGCGACGUGCGGCCCGCGAGAGUGCAAGUGUUCCAGACCACGACAUCGAGAGUGAGUGCACCACGAGGUAUUUUUUUUUUUUUUCUUCGCGCCCGCCGUGUACCGCCGAGUGUGCCGCAGCCGAUCAACAUUCGAACACGCCUUUUUGAUCGUACGCGUGGUGCCGUUACGAAUACUUCCACCGCGUCCGACCCGGUCCCGUCCGUCGUCCGUGAUUGAUGUGGGAACAGUCAAAAUGAAGAUCUUCGUGUUAACAAUAGUUAUUUUCGCUGUUGGUGGUUAUGUCACACAAGCAACGUCCCUGGAUCCCUUGGAUCACGUCGAACCAGAUGGUGUGAAAAACGAUAACGACGAUACAAGAACCAAGAGAUCUGGUGAAAUUUUUUCGUCACUAAUAAAGAAAAAAUUAGGAUUAUUCAACUCUCUAUCCGGGACGUCAUCGGGAAAAUCUAUCGACCAUCAAUCACAUUAUGAAGAGCCGUUGUCUUACAAUACGAAAUCAUUUAAUUUAUGGGGCGUCAAAAAGGCGAUUAUAUCAUCGGUGUUUCAAGCCGCGAAAGCGAUAACAGGUGGAGUGAUUGCUCUCAAAGGUCAACUUAUUAAGGCUAAUGGUCACGUAGUCGUGGCCAAAGGAAAGCUAAUGCAGACCAAGGGUGAAGCGAUUUCAAACUUUGGGAAAACCAUUGCGACACAUGCGUUCGAUACCCACCACGAUUCACAUAUCGAUGAACCACCAUCCGCAAUAGGUUAUUAUAACCAAUUGCCCGUCACGCCGAUGCAUCAACCUACCAGUUAUGGAGCUGCUACCGCGUUGGGAUAUCAGGGACAAAUGUACUCUGGUAACGUGUACCCGGUUCCCGCAUAUUCCAGCAACACGUUCGUUAGCCAAACGCACCCCAACAAUGCGUACCAAGUUGCUGCUCAAAAUUAUCAGACAGGAUUCGCAGUGCCACAGACCGGUUACGAAAGCGGUUCUGGUUACAUCGGAUACGGUGGUAACGGAUUUACGGCAAAAAGAGCGGUACAAAGCCCACAAGAAUCGACUAACAAUCAAGCGAAAAGUGACUUGGACAAAGAUGGGGUACGAGCGGGAUUAGUGAUAUUCAAACCGAUCAAAAUGCCUCAAAGCCUACCAGGCAGCACAGCAGCGUCUCAGAGCAUACAACAGAUGCUCGGUCAACAAUCGUCACAGUCGAAUGGUAUUCGCCCGACCGACACCAAAACCUUACAGAACACCGGGUUCCAAAACCCGUUCCCUGGAUUCCAAGGGGCGCAAACGAGCGGAUCCCAAGGGACACAAGGAAACGGAUUUCAAGGAGGAGCACAAACGAGUGGUAAUCAAGGAGCGUAUUCGGGAGGUUACCAGUUGCCGCAAUCGGGCGGUUACCAGUUGCCACAAGCGGAAGGAUACUCGGGGUACCAGAACCCGGGGUACCAGGUGCCAAACACGCAAUACCGUUUGCCGGCGACCGGCGGAGGCAGUGACAGCGUCGAGCAGAUCCCCAGUCAGGGAUACCAAUUGCAGAGCUUCGAGUUCCAGCAGCCGGCCAACAGCCAAGAGUUCAACCAACAGCUGACUGCGUUCUCGGGCCAGCAGCUGCAACCGGACUUUUCGCAGGAGAACAACUACGGCAGCGACCAACACGACUCGGCUUCGACCUCGGAGGAACGGGUCUCGGAGCCUUUGCGCAAAGCGACCAAAUCGAAACAGAAAGCGGUGGACCGUUUCCCUGGUAACUUUUUUCUGCCGACCACGGUGAAUUAUAGCGGCGAGGAUAGCGGCAGCGGCGAAAGUGACGGAUUUGCCGCAGUGCGCUCAAAAAAGCGCAGCGUGCCCAAAAAAGACCAUUCAGAUAUUGUUCCACAGUCCCAGGAUAGCAUCGUGCCAUUGAAGUACCAUGACAGUUCGAACGAGGAAGACCAGGCACGAUUGAAGCACACCGUUCAACGGUUCUUCAGUAUGCUACAAAAACAACACUGAGUACAUCAAUGUUUUACCUUCUGGACUUUAACGUUGUAGAUGGGACCAGAAUGCCUGUAAAAACACUGUUCAAAUGAAUCAAACACAGUCUGAAACAUCUGUAAACGACCGUGUUUACAUAGCUAGUCAAUUUUAUGAUGUAUUAUUUUGUUCACAUUUAAAACCCAUUGUUUUUGUACAAUUAUUUUUUUUACUACUAGACCAUUAUUUACGUCCAUUUUUAUGAUUAUUUUAAAACAUAACUUGCUCAAAUCCAUGUAAGAACAUUCAUAAUCGAUUAAUGAAAAUUUCAAUACAAAGUAUAUCAAUACGUUUACCAUAAUUCAUGGCAAUUAUUAUUUAUUAAAAAUCAUUAAUUGUUUUCUCACGAUUUCUGAAGCUUAUGAAAG